AUAAUUCCCUACAGCAGGAAUCGCAAAUUCACCGGCCGUGAACAUCUCAUUCACUCGGUAGAAAGGCAUUGCAAGCGUGAUGGCCACAACCGGAUAGCUCUUCAUGGAUUAGGAGGUGCUGGGUAUGUGUAUUCAAUAAUUGUAUAUCUGGAUCGUUUACUAACAUGGCUCAGAAAAACCCAGAUCGCCCUCGAAUACGUGUAUCGGCGCGCAAGUGAGGCCGAUUGUGACAUUUUCUGGGUGCAAGGAAGUGGAGCGUUAAAGUUUAGGGAGGACUUCAGGGCUAUUGGGAAACACGUUCGGAAUCCUCUAGCUAGCGCUGAGGUGGAAGAAGAGGGAUUCCUGUUAAGUAUAAAGAGGUGGUUUGAAGGCCGAGACAACCGUGAUUGGAUCCUAGUAAUUGACAACGCCGACAACGAGGAGGACUUUGCUGGCAACAACAGUCCCAUCGCUAGGUUUGUGCCACAUGGCCCGAGAGGCACUCUAAUAUUCACCACCAGAUCUCGCCAGGUUGCAUUCCGGCAAGA